AUGGCUGCCCAGAAAAUAAACGAGGCGCAUGAACACAUCGCCAAAGCGGAGAAAUGUUUAAAGACAAGCAUGACUAAGUGGAAACCUGACUAUGAUGGUGCUGCAUCAGAAAUGGCAAAAGCUGCUGUUGCUUUUAAAAAUGCCAAGCAGUUUGAGCAAGCAAAAGAUGCUUACCUGAAGGAAGCAGAAUACCACACAGAGAACAAAGCACUCUUUCAUGCGGCAAAGGCGAUAGAACAAGCGGGUAUGAUGUUGAAGGAUAUGAAACGUAUGCCAGAGGCUGUCCAGCUGAUUGAGAAAGCGAGUGUGAUGUACGUGGAGAAUGGAACAUCGGGCACCGCCGGCAUGGCUCUGGACAGGGCGGGAAAACUUAUAGAACCUAUGGAUCUAGAAAAAGCUGUUGACUUGUAUCAGAAAGCUGCAUCAGUGUUUGAGAAUGAGGACCGUUUGAGGCAGGCGGCUGAGCUGCUAGGUAAAGCCUCUCGACUCUUCGUCAGACUGCGCAGGCUGGAUGAAGCAGCUGUGUCCUUACAGAAAGAAAAGAACAUGUACAAGGAAAUAGAAAACUACCCCACUUGUUUCAAGAAAACCAUUGCCCAAGUGCUGGUCCACCUUCACAGAGGUGACUUUGUUGCUGCAGAUAAGUGUGUCAGAGAGAGUUACAGUCUUCCAGGUUUCAGUGGCAGUGAGGACUGUGUUGCUAUGGAGACAUUACUACAGGGUUAUGAUGAACAGGAUGAAGAACAAGUGUACCGAGUGUGUAACUCCCCACUUCUCAAGUACAUGGACAAUGAUUAUGCCAAGCUGGCCAUCUCCCUGAAGGUACCAGGAGGAGGUGGGAAAAAGAAGAAGUCCCCUGCAGCUCCACAAGGGGGUGCUGGAGCACCACCUCCAGCUGAGGAAGAUGAUGACUACGAGGGUGGGCUGUGUUAG